AAUUCCCCGACGUGAAGUCAUUCCGCCACGCGAUCAAGGAGGCCGCAAUUGCCCAGCACUUUGAACUCCGGAUCAUCAAAAGUACUGAUCUCGUCCGUUACAUAGCCAAAUGCGCGGUUGAUAACUGCUCGUGGCGCGUGCGUGCUGUCAACCUCCCAAACUCCUCAACCUUCGCCAUACGAAGCCUGGACCCCACGCACACAUGUGGAAAAAAAGCGCACGCGUGCCAUCACCAGGCGUCGAUCAACUGGAUUGUGAGCUUCAUAGGUCAAAAUCUUCGUGAGAACAUGAAUUACAAGCCAAAGGACAUUUUACAAGACGUAUAUAAGGAGUAUGGGAUAACCAUACCAUACAAGCAGGCCUGGCGGGCCAGGGAGCGUGGGCUCCAGGACAUAUACGGGUCCUCUGAAGAAGGUUACUACUUUCUCCCGGCAUACUGUGAGCAAAUUCGGAAAACAAACCCGGGUAGUAUAGCUGAGGUGUUUACCUCCAGUUCGGAUAAUCAUUUCGAACGUUUGUUCAUCUCUUUUCGGGCUUCGUUAUGCGGGUUUGUUAGAGGUUGUCUCCCGAUUAUCGGUCUCGGUGGGGUUCAGCUCAAGAGCAAGUAUCUCUGCACAUUGCUUUCGGCCACGUCAGUCGAUCCGGACGCGCUCGAGACGUGUACUGAAAUCCUGCCGAAUAUUAUUUUUCUAUCCAAAUGGGAAAAGGGAGUGGGGGAGGCCGUGAAGAGAAACUUCUCGGGUUGUUCUCACUAUGUCUGUAUGAAACAUUUGAGCGAAAGCAUUAUUCGGGAGUUCAAGAAUCCCCGGCUCGUCCACAUCCUCUGGAAGGCUGUCCAUGCAACUACUGCAAUUGCGUUCAGAGAGAAAAUGGCUGAGCUCGACGAAAUUUCGAAGGAGGCUGCCGAUUGGCUGGCACAGUACCCGCCCGCCGCUUGGGCUUUGGUUUAA